AUGGAUCUGGAAGAAUAGUAAGGUCUUAUUCCAAAUAUAACACCUGCCAAACCACUAAAAUAAAUUCGUAAGGUCAAAUACACCAAAUCAACCUACUUCAAUUAUUUGAUUGCAAUUUUAGCAUUAAUAAUACUUGCACUUAUGUCAUAUAUUGUAAUAGAUAUAACUGGUUAUGAAAUUAUGCAUCUUACCUUUAAAUCAUCCACUAAGUAAUUAAAUAUAACUAAUUAAAUACCUAUCUAAAAUGAAGACUAAUCAUAAAUUGAUACUAUGGAUUAUACAUCUUAAAUAGAUAAUUUAUUAUGGGAUGAUGCUAAUAAUAAUAAAGAGAAUCAAGAAGUAUUAAAUGAAGAAUUUAUUGAUGAGAAUUUUUCAAAUUAAGAUGAAAUUAAUUAAAUAGAGGAACCAUCUAUUUAAAAUUAAAAUACUGAUAUUAACACAUUUUAAAGUAAUACUUUAGAAAUUAGUGAUUAAUAAGAAGUUGAAGAUUAAGUUUAAAUACUUAAUGAUGAUUAAUAACUUGAAUAAUAUUCUUUAUUGUAAUCAGGAUCUAGAAUAAUAACACCAAAAAUAGAUGAUUCAAAAUAUAAUUAUGUAGAAUUACCUAAUAAAAUGAAAAUUCUAUUGAUUUAAAAUGAUGAUGAGAAUGCAUAAAUAUAUUUAAAUGAUUUUAAAGGAUAUUGGUAAACUAAUUAUUUUGUUAAAUGUGAUUAAUGUAAGAUUACUGUCAAAGAAUAACAAACAUAAUAUUUUAUAUAAACAAAAUCUGAUCAAAUUUUAAAUUCAUUUACUGAAUUAAGUAAAGCUUUUGCAUCAGAAACUCCACAAUUAAAAUAGAUAAAUUAUUAGAAAACUUCUUGGGAAGAGUUACUUACAUAAAUAUCUAAUGAAAAUCAUCCAUUAUCAUCUAAAUAUUCUAAAUCAUCCACAUUUUAAUUAUCUCCAAAUUAAAUUGUAUUGAUAAUCAAAGGAAAAUUUAAUUCAGAUGAAUUAAUGAAUGGAAUUGUAUAAAGUGAUAUUGUAUUAUUAAGAGAUAAAGAUAUAGAAGAGUUGGAAAAUAUUGAAAUUAUUAAUUAACAUGAAAGUAUCAUUAAAUGGAACAAUUAAAAAGAUUUAAAUUCAAUUAAAAUAUUAUAUGAAUUAGAAAAUAGUAAAGAAUUGAAUUUUAUAGAUUAUUUUAUAUAGACCUCUCUAUAAAAUUAUAUCAUAAACAAUAAAUUAGGUCUAGAUGUCAAAUCAAAUGUGAUAUUAGAUUAAAAUAAUAGAUAAUUGUAUUAAAUUUAAAUAGCAUUACCUUUCUAAGAUUAAAUGGAUUAUGAUCAAAGAGAAUUAGCAUAUAGACUAAGUAAAAUAGUCAUUAAUUUUGCUAAUUCUUUAUAAAUAUAAUUAAUAAAUAAAGAUAAUGAAUUAUCAGAUUAUUGUAAAUAGAUGAUAGAUUAAUUGUAAUAAAUUAAUAAUUUAUAAUUUGAUUAUGAUAAUUAAGAGUAAGAUUAUAUGGAAAUAGCUAAAAACCUUAAAUAAGAUUUAAUAGAAGAAGUACUUCAUUAUAAAUUUUUGGUCUAAAUAGUUCCUGAAUCCUUAAAGAAAACAUUAGAUAAUUUACAAUCUACUAAAAAUAUGAUCAUUAUUGUAAGUGAUUCUUAAUAUCAUACUGAAUAUAGUUUUUUAUAAAUUUCAAAAGGUUCUUCUACUUAGGAUCUACUUUUUUUAACUUAAGAUGAAUUAGAUAUAAAUAAGAAUGGUAUUUCUUAUUCUUUAAAAGAAAUAACUGAAUAAACUAAGCAAUUUAUUGAAAAAACUGAAGAUGAAAUCAUAUUUGUUUUUCCUCAAAUUAAUUAAUUUAUACCUUAAAACUUAGAUUUAGUUUAAUCAACUUAAUCAUUUGAUAUUAAUGAUUAAGUUGAAGUAAUUGUAGAUGUUUCUAAAAAAUUACCAAAAAUAAAUGCUGAUAUAACUAUUUUUACUUAUGGAUAAUUUAUAUAUGCAUAAUAUUUAUAUGAAAGAAUCAUUAUGGAAUAUUAAGAUGCAAUUAAUGUAGGUUAUGGAAUAGAUGUGAAUUAAAAUUAAUAUUUUUAAAUUUAAUUAUAAGGAUGGUCAGAUCAUUAUACAAAUAUAUUCAAAGGAAUUAUGGAAAUUAUAAAAGAGAAGCCAAAUGAAGAAUUAAAAAGUUAAUUAUAAUAUAAAUUUGAUAUGUUACCAGAACAUUUAAAAUUAAUUAAUUCUAAAAUUGAAUCAAUACUUAUUGCUAAUUAUAAAAAACCUUAGUUUGGAUCUGUUGGAUAAAAUUAUAAAAUGAAACUUAUAGGAAACAUUUAAUAAAAUUAAGCACAAGCAUUAGAUUAAAUGCUUCAUAAAGCAUUAAAUUUUAAAUAAAAAUUAAAAUAGGAUCCAAUAUAAAUUUAUAGUAUUAGAAAUAAAGAAAUCAAUUAUCAAUUAAAAGCAAAAGAUAAAUGGCAUUUAUUAAUAAACUAUUAUUAAUUUUCUUAAUUAAAUUAAAAUUAAUAAAAAUUACUUAAUAGAAUACAAGAAUAUGUUUAAAUUUAAUCACAAGAAUAACAUAUUAUUUUUGAGAAAAGAACUAUUGGUUGUACAUAAGGUUUUUUCUUAAUUGUACAAUCUUCUAAAGAUUUAAAUGAUUAGAUAGAAAAAUUAGAUAAAUUAAUUUAAUAAUCACUUAAUGAAUUAAAUAAAGAAGAUGGGUCUAAUAAAUAAAGUAAAAAAUAUUCUUAAUUCUGGAAAAAAUAAUCAGGAAAAAUUACAUUCUUUAUUGAUAAUUAAGAUAGAAAUACAAAUAUGGAGAAUUUAGAAUUAAUUCAAUGUAAAUGA